GUGAGAGAGGCAGCUCAGAGAGAGGAGACGUUGGAUGAGAUUCUCGUUCCCAUGAUUGAACAUUCAUUAAAAUCCAAGGACUCGAAGCAUGGUAACCAAGCUAUGAUACUUUUCAAUUGGCUCUUUCAAGAUGAGGUUCUUUUCCAAAUUGUUUCUACAAAUCUUGCCAACAUUAUUGCAAGGAAGGAUGAUCGCUACAUAGCUCUUGGCUGGUGCACUCUUGUACGUAAUCUUGUAGAGUAUGAGAGUACUAUGGAGCAGUAUUUAGUAAAUGGAAUAAAGGAGAAGUACAGUGCUCUCUUGAAGAUACUUUGCUCUUGCAUUUCACAUCUAUUGGGUGUUGCACGUAAAGGAAGCACUUUGCAGGAUAAAUUUGAGUUGCCAUCACGCCUUGCAGUGUCUGCUGCAGAUUGUUUUCUGGCGCUUACUGAAGCAUUGACAAAAAAGCCUGAUAUUCCUACAAGCAGGCCUAAGUUAUCUGACCAGCAAAUUAAUCUAAAAUCAUCAUGCAUUGGUGAGAAGAUGGUAAAAUCAGUUCCUAAAUCUGCAGAAGUCUUAAACAUGGAAAUGGAAUAUUUGCUCUGGAAUCAUCUAGAAGACCUCAUCUAUCUAGUGGAAAGACUCCUAGCUUGGAACAAAAAAAGUCGUCCUUUACAUGCUAAAGGGGUGGAGAAGGUGCUUAAAUGGUUGCAGGAGAUAAAAGCACAUUAUUCUGGACUUAAAGAGGAGGCAGGCUCAAAGAUCCAAAAAUCUGGAGCACUGCUCCUUGUUUCAUGUUGGAAGCAUUAUGGCAUGCUAUUGCACUUGGAAGACCACAAAUUUGCCAAGCAUUACAAGGAAUUAUUGGACCAGUACUUGUCAGGCAUCCAGUAUUAUACGGAUAACCAUUCUGAGGGGUAUGCGGAGAAUAAGGAUGGUGGUAUAGAGACCAGGAAAUUUUUCCUCAAUUGCCUGUGCCUUCUACUAGGGCGUUUUGAUGGGAAGAAGUUUGAAACCAUAGUGUCAGAUUAUGGAAAGCAGAUCUCUCAGGUUCUCUUAUCUCAGCUUCGCUGCAAUGAAGAAGCUGUAAUAGAUGGGGUUGUGUGCAUAUUCAAGGCUGUUGUUUUUAAGCCAAACUUUUCAUCUGAGAGUGGUGGUCUACCUGACACCAAACAGGUGGACGUUGUGAUUCCUUUGCUUCUUCACCUACUUGAUGAGCGGGAUGGUGCAGCUAAAGCUGUUGCUGCUCUCAUAGCAGAAUACUGUUCCAUAACAGCAGAUGACAACUGUCUUAAGGAAGUCCUAAAACGCCUUGCUUCUGGAAAUGUUAUCCAGAGGAGAAAUGCUGCUGAUGUUAUAUCAGAACUAAUGCACAUAUCAACAGAUUCUAGAUGUGGACUAACUCCUCUGACUUGGCAAGAGAUAGCAAAUAAGAUGCUAGAAUGCCUUAGUGAUGAGGAAACUGCAGUUCGAGAACAAAUAUUGAAUUUGCUUCCUCUGCUUGACCCAUCAGUUGUUCUGCCUACAUUAGUUCGCCUUGUCUACUCUGCAGAUAAGAAAAUAGAGCAAUCAGCUGGUAAUGCCUUAGUUGGAGUGCUCAAAUAUAAUAACCAGAAGCCUGAUGUUAUUUGUAUGUUGCUUGACAGUCUAAGCAACCUCAGCCAGGACAUAGAUGAUUCAAAGACUAGAGGGCAUGCAAGGGAAGAAUCAAAUUUUAAUAGUGAUCGAGUGCUCAAGAUGAUCCAAGACUGGUCUGAAAGUGUUCAAGAUUGGAAAACAUUGAUUGGUCCUCUGAUCGACAAGAUGUUUGCAGAACCAUCCAAUGCCACUAUUGUCAGGUUUCUAAGCCAUAUAAACGAACACUUGGCAGAAAAUGCAGAUGAAGUUCUUUACCGUGUCUUGUUGCAGAUGAAAGGGCAGAAAGAGAUUGAUGCAAGUUCCUUCUCUAGAUGGGAAACUAGAACCUGCAUUGGUGAUGAUUUUGUGAGAAUGCAGCAAUAUCUGUUUGAGCGCCUUUGUCCAUUACUUAUAAUUAGGCUGCUUCCCCUAAGAGUAUUUAACAACCUCAAUUCUUCUGUUGUGUAUGGUCGGCUUCUUCAUCCUGGUGUUACGCAAGAGUACAAAGAUUCCAAUAUCAUCUAUGAUGAAAGCAUUGUUGCUCUCAUUCUGAAAAGGGCAUUUUCUAAGGUCGAGUUUGAAGACGUAAGAAAGCUUGCCGCUGAGCUUUGUGGGCGCAUUCAUCCUCAUGUUCUUCUUCCUAUCAUAUGCUCCCAAUUAGGACAUGCAACAGGUUCUCAGGACAUACUGAAGAUCAAAGCUUGUCUUUUUUCAGUUUGUACCUCCCUUGUGGCAAGAGGUAGAGAUUCACUCAUUCAUCCUGUUAUGCUUGAAAUCCAAGGAGCACUAGAAAUGAUCCUAUUGUGGCCUUCUUCAGAUGGGGAUGAAGUUUCCAAAGCACAGCAUGGAUGCAUAGAUUGUCUGGCACUCAUGAUAUGUGCUGAACUGCAAGCUCCUCAAUCAUUUAGUGACUGCAUCUCAAAGAGGGACAAUAUUGUUAGCAAGAGUGGGGAUGAUGCCUCAAGAAAUCUAGUCCAUAGAUAUGUCAUUAAUAAAUUAAUACAUGAUAAGGGUGAAGUUAUCCCUAGCUCCAAGUCAAGCCGUGAAAUUUGUGAAAUAGGGGAUACAAUUUUUCUCUCCUUUCGCCUAUGCAUGGCUAAUGUUCUUAUCAGUGCGUGUCAGAAGAUCUCAGACUCUGGCAAAAAACCCUUUGCUCAAAAGGUUCUUCCACAUCUUAUUCGUGCUGUUGAGGUAAUAACAUACCUUGAGAUCAGAGCUGCUUGCAUCCAGAUUAUGUUCUCAGCUGUGUACCAUUUGAAGUCUGCCAUUCUACCUCAUUCAUCUGAUCUUCUCAAAAUCUCUCUCAAGUUUCUUGGAAAUGGAUCAGAAAAGGAAAAGAUGGCUGGUGCAAAACUAAUGGCGUCUCUUUUGGCCAGUGAAGAUGCAAUCUUGGAGAGCAUAUCAGGUGAACUACUAGAAGCACAAUCCAUACUUUCAAACAUAUCUUCAACAGAUCCUUCACUUGACCUUCGACAAGUAUGUAACAAGUUGCUGGCAUGCAUAACUCCUACCUAAUCUUUCUUUCAUAUACUAAGUUUCACUUUGCAAAAAAGAUCAACACUAGACAUGCAGAUGAGUUCUGCAUUCCUACCUCUCACUGCCUAUCGUAUGUUUCUGUACAGUCAUUCUUCAUAUGUUUAUUGAGGUACUUAGCAAUGUAAAUGUUGGGAGGAUUGUUGUAUGAAGAAUGGGGAGAUAGUCCCUCUUUUCCUUCAGCAGCUGGGAUAAUUGCUUAAACAGGAGAUAAGACUUGGGCACAUGGGAUGGGAACAAAAGUAGAACAGGAACUCUGGAAGAACCUAGUUAGGCAAGCAAAAGUACUGUGCAUAAGUUGUGUUUUUAAUCCCUAAUAUUUUGAUCUAAGCAAACAAAAUCUACUGCCCCUA